CUGCAGCAGACUAAAGAACAUUGUGCCAGUGAAUGUCUUCCCCCUCCACCGUCCUCUCCGGGCUGUUCCAGCCAGGGCUCCGUUUCAGAGGGCGGAGAUGGAAUAUUCAGAUCAGCUGAGUGACAGCUCGUGUUUUCCACCGUUCUCAGAACUCCACUGGCUCCUUCCUCCAAAUCCUCACUUCAGAGUUGAGGCUCCUAAAAACAUCGGACGCUAGGGGAUCGAGACGUCGCCUGCCUCUAUGUGCAGGGCACUUGACUGAUCUUUUGGGGGUCGCUUUUUCAUUCUUUUUAUUUGAAUUGUCUGAAGAUCCGUUUAGUGAGCUCAUUAUUUUACAGAAGUAUAUUUUACGUGCUUUCCUCUUUGGAAUCAGCAGCAACAGACCCUCAGUGAGGCAUGUCUUACCCCCAGGGUUACCUCUACCAGCCGCCGGGCUCCCUGGCGCUCUACUCCUGCCCGGCUUACGGGGCUUCUGCCCUGGCUGCCCCGAGGAGCGACGAGCUGGCCAGGUCGUCCAGUGGAUCAGCCUUUAGUCCUUACCCCGGAUCAGCUGCUGCCUUCACGGCUUCAGCCAGCGGCUUCUCCAGCCCAAUGCCAUACUCCACAGACCCUGCCACGGGAUUCCCUUCCUACAUGAGCUCUCCUUACGACGCGCAGGGCAUGGCCGGGGCGCUUAGCUACCACCCCUACGGUAGCCCGGGAUACCCCUACCAGCUCAACGACCCGGCCUACCGCAAGAACGCGACCCGAGACGCCACCGCCACGCUGAAGGCCUGGCUACAGGAGCACAGGAAGAACCCUUACCCCACCAAGGGAGAGAAGAUCAUGUUGGCCAUCAUUACUAAGAUGACCCUGACGCAGGUGUCCACCUGGUUCGCCAACGCCAGGAGGAGGCUGAAGAAGGAGAACAAGAUGACGUGGGCUCCCCGGAAUAAGAGUGAGGAUGAGGACGAUGGAGACGGAGAGAGGAACGAUGACCGCUUGGAGAAAAAUCUUGACCACAGCGAGACGUCCGCGGAGGAUGAAGGUAUCAGUUUGCAGGUUGAUACCCUCACAGACCAUUCUUGUUCAGCGGAGUCUGAUGGGGAUAAGGUGAGCUGUCGGAUCGGAGACCUGGUCUGUGAGUCUGGGUCAGAUACUAAGGACAAAUGUGAGGAUGAGGAUGAUCACGAACUGGAGAAUGAUGAACGACACCGAAGCCUGUCAUCUAAACCUGUGACAUCAUCACCACUAACGGGGCUCGAGGCCUCGGUCUUAAACCAUCACCACCGGGAAAACAACAACAAAUCAUGUCUUGACAGCCGAAUCUCAGGUCCUCAAGCCGUCAAACCCAAACUGUGGUCUUUAGCGGAGAUCGCUACUUCAGACCCGAAGCAGCAGCAGCAUCACCCGGGGCAGACUUGUCCAUCCCUCGGUCUUCUAACCUCCACCUCCUCCACCCCCUCCCCGGCUGUCCCUGGCGCUGUGUACUCCGCCUCUUCCAUCCUAGGACGACCCAUCUACUACACGUCUCCGUUUUACAGUAAUUACACAAACUAUGGCAACUUCAGCCCGCUGCAGGGUCAAGGGAUUGUGCCAUAUAACUCUGCUGCUAACGACGGACUCACACAGACCGCUAGCGAGGGCAGCACCAUGCAUAAACACACCACUGACUCUCUGCUUAAAACCAACUCCAACCACAUUGAACAACACUUCAGACCCUCACAUUUAUACUCUAAGAAAGGGGAGAGCUGCACCUUGCUCCUCAGACAAGACGCCUGGCCCGCAGCACUACAGCUGUUCUCCUCAGAGACAGGCCCGAAGGAUUAAUUAAACCUGAUUCAGGGUUGGGGGAUGAAUUAACCCGGACUUAUUCUAUCAUUUCACUUUCGUUUUCAUGAGAUGUGCGUUGACUGGCUCAGUAAAUGUCCCGCUGUAUGUGAUGAUUUUGGAAGACGUUUUUUCUCAGGAUGUAUCUGCUUCAUUGCCACGGUAUAUUAUACUUUAUGUGAAGAUAAUAUUAGGUAUAUUAUACUUUAUGUGAAGAUAAUAUUAGGUAUAUUAUACUUUAUAUGAAGAUAAUAUUAGGUAUAUUAUACUUUAUGUGAAGAUAAUAUUAGGUAUAUUAUACUUUAUAUGAAGAUAACAUUAGGUAUAUUAUACUUUAUGUGAAGAUAAUAUCAUGUAUAUUAUACUUUAUGUGAAGAUAAUAUGAGGUAUACUAUACUUUGUGAAUAUAAUAUUAGGUAUACUAUACUUUAUGUGAAGUCAAUGUUAGGUAUACCAUACUUUAUGUGAAUAUAAUAUUAUGUAUAUUAUACUUUAUGUGAAGAGAAUAUAAGGCCUUCUGUAUCUUAUUUGUAAAGGAUGUAUGAGGUCUGGAGAUGGACUGAUGAACUUGAGGAAUCUAAGUGAAAUACAUUGGAUAUUUAUUUUUUUAAUGAUGGAAAAUGCUGCCUAUAAUUUAUGCAAGUUGUAUUGCAAUGGACACGGGACAUUGUUUUGUCAAUACAUUACUCCCGUUUUUAUUUGAAACGCAUUUGAAAGUUACACAAUCUUGUUAACGAGAGUACUUUUACUAAUUUAUAUCUUAUUGUAAAUUAAACGCGCUAGUGUGUUAUACUGGCGAGUUAGUGCUAUUUAUUAUUCAAAGGAAAACGAAAAUUAAAAUGUUUUCCUCUGUA